AUAAUAUGGAAAAUCAAGGUUUGAUAUUUGGAAUUUAUACUUUGUUGGAAUAUUUCUUAAGCUGUCGAUGCUUGAAUCCAUGCAUUAAAAAAAUCCUUGGAUAUGGAGGGCUGACAAUAAUAAUAAUAAUAAUGUAAAGGGAACGUUUUCACUCAGUUUCUCCCAGGGGGUGGGCAGAAAAACACAACACAACAACAACACUUAGAAUUUUCUGCUGUGCCACAAUUCAGAAGAAUGGAGUAAAGCUGUCCGGCUGGAAAUGUGGAGACUCUCAUCAGACUGUAAAUCCCAGCCAUGCCAAUCCAAGUACUACAAACCUUUUACAACUGUGUAAUAUUGCUACACCCAGAGUCUGAUUUAGGCAAGCCAUGGGACUUUGCCUGCCCUGUAUCUCUGAGCACAUGGUUUCCCGGCAAUGCUUUGCCUCUUUCUAGCAAAGCCUCUCCAACUGUCACUCAAGCUGAGUUUCACUUUCGUAGCCCUCCAUCCAGACCUUCUCCUUGAAUGCAGCUGGUGAAGAAGAUGGCAUGCAGGCAGAGAUCACGACUCUCUUUGGAACUGAAAAGUGUUGGGGGGAAAGAGGACCUGACUGUUUCCAUUGAGCAUUUGCUUAGACAACAAUGCAGAUUUGCAAGAUGAUAAAGAUGGACAGCGCAGUCCGCCAGAGGGCCAUCCGGCACGCUUGGCCCCAACUGGUGGACUUUCUGGGUCACCAUCCCGAAUGGGUGCUAAGGAAAGCCAAAGAGCUUCUCCACCAAAGGGACCUAAGUCGGGUCGAGGGCGUUGCUGAUCCAAAGGCAAAGGUCUCCUUGGUCCUGGACCUGUUCCUCGCUUCUGCGGAUGCCAGUCCUCCCAUCUUCCAAGAGUUCAUACAGAGCGUCUGCAUGGAAUUCAACCUCCCUAUGGAGCUGGAAAUAACGUUCAUGAGCGUCUCGGGAGAAGGUAAUGUGACUCAAGAGCAGGACUGCGAAGAAGCUGCAGCUUUCUCUCCAUCAAUCUCUGCAAGGCCUGAAAGGCGCCGUCCUUGGAGUAGUCCUUCCACCAGGAGCAACUGCAAAGCAUCCAAACAGCAGCGACUAGAUUCUGCAGAAAGGUACCGACACCUCGUUGUCCAACUGAUGCUCCAGAGAUACGGGGCGAAUGGAUCAGUGGAAACAACGCCAUUAAAGGAUCAACCGUCAGCUUUUAGCCAAGCUUUCGUCAACCUUGUGAUCCGUCAGCGCAAAGCCUGGAGGUUAAAGGGAAGGAUGGAGAAAGCCAAGGAGGAGCAUGUAGGUCUGCAUGACGUGGAGGAACAUAGCGGCGCAACCAUGACCCUGUCUGAUCUCCUUGAAACAGUCCAAAUGGACACCACCAAGGUUAUUUUCCUGUUGGGUAACCCAGGGAUGGGCAAGACAAGGCUCAUGCACAGAAUUUGCCAACAAUGGGCUGAAGGAGCCCUGCCCCAGUUCCGGCUGGUCUUCCUCUUUGAGUUCAGGCAGCUGAACCUGAUCAAAAGAAAGCUGACUCUUCAAGAGCUUUUGUUCGAGUUCUUCCUACAACCUGAAUCUUGCCCCGAUGCAGCAUUUGAGCAGCUUCAAGAGGAUGCCCAGCACACAUUGGUGAUCUUUGAUGGUCUGGAUGAGUUUUUGGAGAACAUUCAGCUCCCGUUCUCUCUUCAUGCCUCAUCACCUGAUCUUCUCAAUCCUCUCUCAACGGCAGAACUUUUUGCCAACCUUUGCUAUGGAAAACUCUUGCCCGGCUGCACUGUCCUGGUGACAACCCGGCCAAAGACCAUCCCUGAAGCUUUCCUGAAAACCAGCACCUUGUCCGCCGAAAUCUGUGGCUUCAACCGUGAAAAGGUUGAGGAAUACGCCAGCUAUUAUUUCCGCCAUCACCCAAAGAAAGAGCAAGCUCUUGCUCACCUGAAAAGCAACGGGAAGCUCUUGAGCAUGUGUUGCAUCCCAGCCUUGUGUAACAUUGUCUGCAUCUGCUUGGAGCACAUGCUCCUCCAAAACGCGGGAAGCACCCAACUCCCUCAAACUAUGACUGGGCUUUACAUCCAGAUGCUCUGCACCUUCAUCUGCAAGCAUCAGACGAGGAGCGCUUUGACUGAAGAAGUGGAUUUGGGUCGACACCGAGCGACUCUUCUAGGCCUGUGUGAAUGGGCCUUCGAAGCUCUAGAACAGAAGAAGAUGCUGUUUUAUGCUGGUGAGGUCCCUGAGCAGGUAAAGGAUUUUGGGUGCCAACAUAGGCUCUUGUUGUCCUUUGAGGUGAAGACCAGCAAUGGCCAGGCGCAGGUCGGUUACACCUUCGUUCACUUCAGUUUGCAAGAAUUCUUUGCAGCGCUCUUCCAGUUGGCAAGCCGAAGCAUCGAUGGCAACUCUUUGAAGCAGAUGUUCUUCCUGAGGUCUAAGUGGACUUUAAAGAAGGAAGCAAGGAUGCCAUUCACUGCCAAUUGCCAUGUCUUCCAAUCUGGCCUUGCAUCCAAAGAGUGCCGAGGGUUCCUCAGCUCUUUAGCUGGAGAGAGCGAGACUUGGGUACAGGAGCGGCAAGCCAUAGUCAUGCAGGUGUUGAAGAAGCUAGCAGAGUCGCAUUUAACUGGGCCCAGGAUAGCCGAGUUGUGCCACUGCAUGUACGAGGCGCAAGAUCUCCAGUUAGCCCAACAUCUGGGCAAACAGCUGGAUUUUGACUUUCAGUUCAGGAAUUUGAGGUUGACGCCACUCGACAUGAUGGCUCUGGCCUUUGUGAUCACCAGCGGCCCGCAUUUGGUGUGCUUGACUUUUGUUGGAUGCUCCAUGGAACUUGACUACUUGGAUGUCUUUGGCAACUGCGAAAAUAUAAAGAGCCUGAGCUUUAGGAGCAGAAAAUACGGAAACGAAUUCGCGACGGUCCUUUCCCAAAUCCUGCCAAAGAUCAAACACUUGACAACGUUUCACUUAACAGGUGGAAACCUUGCCAUGCCUGGCCUGGAGCGUCUCAUAGCAGCUUUUGCAAACUGCCAGCAGUUGGAAGACAUAAAUCUGCAGGACAACAAACUGAAGGAGCAAGAGCUUGUCAAAGCCACCGAAGCAUUUUCUACUGUAAAUAACCUGAAGCAGAUGGAUUUAAGCUUCAAUGAGGUUUCGGCGGAUGCAAUCCUCACUUUUACCGGAGCCGCGGUCCUUUGUCCAAAGGUUACCGAGCUGCAUAUAAGGAAGGAUAGUUUAAAAAUCUACUUUGCCAGCCGUUCCAAAAUGGAUCCAAGGCUGAAAGGUGUUGAAAUCAAAGAAGAGGAGACGGUUCCCAAAGCUAGAAGUUUAAUAUUACGGUUGCAGGAUUGCCAGUUUGGUUCUCAGCGGGCGAAAGACCUGGCAGACCUUUUCCAAAGCUGCUCCCCAUUUUCUGAAAUUGAUUUGUCAGAUAACCAACUCGGUGACGAAGGAUGCAGCCAGUUGAUGCAGAGCGUGCCCAAGUUGUGCAUUUCUGGCCCUCUCAGUUUAAACAACAACCGGCUGACUCUCAAAAGCAUUUUCUGCCUCCUGAACACUGUGGCUCUUUGUCCAAACAUUGUGAAGCUUAAUGUCAGCAUCAAUCACCAAACUGCAACAUUGACGUUCGUCAACGAAGGUAUUCUUGACUCCCUUCAUUCCAGUAAUUAUUCUUCUGAUGAGGACCAGUCAAGCUGCGAUGGACAACAAGUGACGGCGACACCGAGGGAAAUAUGCUUGACAGACAAUAAACUCUGUGACGAAGGCGAUGUGAAUAAACUGUGUUUGGCGUUGAGAAGGUGCGGCGGUGUCUCCGAACUAAAUUUGUCCAAUAAUUCUCUGGGCGAUCUGGGCGUUUUGAAAGUGGCGCAGCUGCUCCCCAAAAUGAAAGCAUUGCGUUCUCUAACGCUGGAUGGCAACCGCCUGUCUUUGGAGGGAGCUUUCCGCUUGGUAGAAUCCUUCUCUUCCUUGAAACAUAUGACCUCGAUGCAACUGAGUUUGAGAAGCAGCCAGACCGUUCGUUUAACCUUUGGGGAAAAAAUCAGUUGCAGGGAACAUGAAGGAGAGCUGUUGCAACCUGCAGAGUAUGGCCGCUGCUUUAGUCUCACAGAUUGCGACGUGGGCCCAGAUGAUAUCGACCGGCUUUUUCGGAUCCUGGUCACGUGCUCCAGCUUGACGGAGAUCAACUUAUCUGGGAAUGUGUUGCAAGAUCGAGAAAUUGAACAACUGCUGGCGUUCCUGCCCCACCUCAAAAACCUGAAGCUCUUACGCAUCGGAGAAAACAGUUUUUCCCCCCAAAGCCUUUGCUUGCUUGUCAGCUCACUUUAUCUCUGCAAGAGAACCUGCGACGUGGAAGUCAGAUCCAAGAAAAAUGCCUUUUUGCGUUUUAUGGAAAUUCCAGAGAGCCAAGAAGCAUCCUGCAGGUUGACAGACUGUGGCAUUGGCCAAGAUGGUCUCAAGGAGCUGUGUGUUGUCUUCAAGAAGUGUAAUCGCCUUGCAGAGCUGGACCUUUCUGGGAACCAUCUUGGCAACAAAGGGCUGCAGUUUCUCUUGGAACACUUGCCUGAAACCCAGGUCUCAUGCCUUUUAAAAAUCAGCCACAACCAGAUCUCACACGACGGGGUCCUCCAUCUCAUCAGCAUCUUCACCGCGUCCCAAAACGUUGCUGAAGUUCACGCAAGUUUGCACUCUGCAGAAAUGCUGCUUAUCACAUUAGCGAGGGAUGCAAAACCUUCCAAAAUCCUAAGGCUAAAGCAAUGCAACUUCCAAGCAGAACAUCUGGCACAGUUGUCCGCUGAGCUGGGAAAGUGUGUCUCCCUGAACGAUUUCACGUCCACCAACAACGGCUUGGUGCUCAACAAUGCGGAAGGUCUGUUCAGGUCCUUAAGGACACCGAACGGCACACUAAGAAUAAGCAUCGAAGAGCCAUGGGUGAAAGGCGAAAGCAUCUCUGCUCUCCUGACGUUGGCAACCGAAGCGCAAGGAAACAUCACAGCCAUCAAGAAAGAUGGCACUCUCUUUGCAGUGGAACAAGAAUUUCUUCAUCGGGUGGAAAAAGUGGAGUCUGUGGUCAGCAGUUUCCAUAGGUGUGAACUAGAUGCCAAAGAGACCCGCUUCUCACCAACGUUCAUUGAGAAAUGCAAGCAACUCAGGGCAUUACAUUGCUCCCAGGUAGAGAUCACUGAUGUGGAUGGAGAAACCAUUUUGGAUUUCCUGCUGCAUUUCCCUGCACUGAAGAGACUUGAGUUGACAUGUUGCAGAAUCUCUCCCGCUGGAAUGGAGUGCCUGGCUUCAGCAUUGCGUCAGUGCCGCACCAUGGAAGACAUCAACUUUUCCAAAAGUGAACUGGGUACGGAUGGCAUCAGUAUGCUCCUCGGUUCUCUGGAAGGCAAACAUCAGCUGAGAAGCAUAAACCUUGGUUUUCUGAACCUUGACAACACACAUCUUCCAAAGCUGAUUUCAGGACUCUCUGCAAUGCCUCUCCUGAGAAGACUGAGUUUGAAUAACAACCAGCUCAGCGGCAAUGCCUGUCCUCACCUUGCCAGAGCUUUGGAGAACGCCAUUAACUUGGAAGAAAUUGACCUGAGCUACAACAAAAUUGAUGGUGCCGGGGUGAAAGAAAUUGCUGCAGCUCUUCCAGAAAUGGAAAAUACGAAGCAAAUCAAUUUAUCUGGGAACAAGAUUGGGAACGAGUCUUUGGAAAAACUGGCUCCAGUUCUGCGUUCUUUGCAUCACUUGAAAGUCCUUCGCCUGUCUUCUUGUAACAUUGACUCCGAGGGAAUGGUCCAUUUAGCCAAAGCCCUUUUCAGGUGUCCCCAAAUAGAGGAGAUCAGUUUGUCGGAAAACAGCAUUGGAGACAAAGGUGUGAUGGUCCUCAUGGAGCAGUUGCCGCAACACUCACAACUCAGGAAAAUCAACCUCAAGGUCUGUGGCAUCAGUAACGGUGCUUUCAAGACUCUCGCUUUUGGUCUCAGCCGUUGCCCUUUGCUCGAAGAAAUAAUCUUGUCCUGGAACAAUCUCGGAGACGAAAGCGCAGCGGGGCUGGCGGAAAUUCUCCCAAGGAUGGCCAAACUGCAGAUAUUGGAUCUGGACAAUAAUCAUAUCACAGCUUAUGGAGCUGAGAAACUGGCGGAAGCACUCCUUUACUGUCGAGGAAUCCAGUCUGUAAGGCUGUGGCACAAUUGGAUCCCUAAGGAUGCUGAGCAAAAACUGAGAGAGCGAGAGCCAAGGCUGGUUUUUAAUUUUGUUUAAAGAAGAGGUGAGAAAUGUCAGCCGGAAAGGAGAAGCCAUACCAAGAGUUGGGAGAACUCUUGCUUUGCCUGGGAAACAUAUGCCGAUGGUACCAAUGUGAAAGGAAGGGGCAAGAAAUUCAGCUGCAUGCCCUGGUCCAUUUGGUUUCACCUGGCGCACCAUCUGGCCAUUGGUAUCGUUGCAAACCUUUGUUAAUUUCAAUCCCAAAGGAACGAACAAGCAAUUUCUCACCCCUUGAACUGUGUUUUGGCCAUAACCUGAGAUAACAUGAUUCAACUUUGAUUCAUGAUGACUCUGAAGAGGAAACUUCUCCAACAUCUACUUCUCUGCUCUGGACCUGCAGACUCAUGGCCAUCAACUCCCUGGUCAUGUCUAGCCAUCUGGCUUGCAGUCUUCCUCUAUUUCUCCUACCUUCCCCUUUUCCUAGCAUCAUGGCCUUUUCUAGAGAGUCUUCCCUUUUCGUGUUGUGUCCCAAAUACAACAAGCUCAGUUUAGCCAUCCUAGCUUCCAAGGAGAGUUUGGGCUUGAUCUGUUCCAUGACCCAUUUUGAGCCAUCCACUGUAUCCUCUACACUCUUCUCAAACAAGUUGGUUUUCUUUCCGUCUGCCUUCUUUACAGCUCUCACAUCUGUACAUGGCGAAGGGGAAUACCAUGGCUUUGGACAAUCCUCACUUUUAGUAUUCAGUGUUAUGCCUUUGCACUUUAGGAUUUUGUCUGGCUCUUUCAUGGCUGCCCUUCCCAGACCUAGUCUUCUUCUGAUCUCUGGACUGUACUCUAAGGAUCAAUGUUUGAUGCAAGACACAGGAACCCUUUAACUAUUUCUAUUUUGUCAUUGUCUAGGAUGAAUUCAUGUAGUUCUUCCAUAGUCAUUAUUUUUGUUCUCUUAGGGGCUCGACAUGACGCAUGCCCCGACUCUGUCCCCAGGCUGGCGUGACACCAGAUGCUGGUCCACAUGGCGCACGGUGUCAUGGCACUGCAUCGGUGGCUAUGGUGCCCUUUCUAGCACUCUGGUGGCUAUAGCGCCCUUUUCAGGACGGAAAAAGGAACCACUUUUUGCGGCUCCUUUUUGCACAGCGAAAAGGAGAGAUCGGGGCUGUGGCAUGUAGUUGCCAUGGACCCAAUUUGGCACCAAAAGGGGUAGUCUGUCGAGCCCCUUAGUAUUCAUCAUCAAGCCUACCUUAGCACUUCCUACUUUGACUUUCUUUACUAAUUGUUCAAGGCCUUUGUUGCUUUCUGCUAGUAGUAUGGUGUCGUUUGCAUAGCUCAGGUUUUGCAGUUUAUGGAGAGGGACUUAGGAGUCCUAGCCAGAGAGCUCCUCUCCGAUAUAUAUAAACUCAAACUAUAAACCGAAACUAUAAACCCCAGGUUCCCAUAUGAUGUUGCCAUGGCUUUGAAAGUGGAAUUAUAGCACUAUCUUUGCGCAGCCUGGGUCUGGCCAUGAGCCCUGUUCCUCUUCAAAGAACAAAAACAUCUCGACCAGAAAAAUGAGCAGCUACUUAUGGAAGUGAAGAACUUGGAGCAAAAUGUCACAAACCUCACAUCUAGUAUAGUUCAACUGCUGCUAGCCUAACAUUGUGAAUGUGCACAUUUUCUCACACAAAUGUCACUGAAUAGUGAACUGUAUAUAUUUUGGGCAAUGUUUUAUUUAUUAUCACUGGGUAUUUUGUUCAGUUUCAUUUGUAAACCACCUCCCGAGGGCAAUGCGGUGAGGAAUUCUGUUAAUAAAUGGUAAUAACUGGUAAAAAUAA